GAUUUGAUUUUCAUUUUUUUCGUUUUGGUUUCACUUGCGCUUUGUUGCGAUUUUAUGCGAUACGUUUCCAGUUAAUUUUUUGCACAAGUGGGUUAAACCUGAUGAUAACACAACGAAGCCGGCAAAGUGAGACUUAAUAAACAACAACAACAACAAGCGAAAACUGUAAACGAUUGCAACGCAAUAUAAUCGUUGCAGCUCUGGCUAUAGCAUCGAGCAACAACAACAACAAUACUAUUUGCACAAAUUCGGUUGUACGAAGAGCGAUGGCAGCGUGACGUCGCUGUACGCCAACGGUGGCGGCGAUCUUCCAGAACACCACACAUUAUCGAAUUCGUUUACAGAAUUUCGGUAUAAAUAGCCGUUUCGCGGGCAAGCUGAAAGUAUACGACAACACACUACAGUCGAGAAAUGAGAAUUUUCGCUUUCGUGAGCUUCUUGUUGGGCCUACUGGUGGCCGUAAGCGCACUGCCAUAUCCCAUGCCUGAGCCUUUACCAGGCGGCGGCGGCGGCGGUGGUGGUGGCGGCGGUGGUUUAUGUGGUGGAGGUGGUGGCGGCGGCGGUGGUGGCGGUGGUGCUGGCGGUGGUGGCGGCGGUGGCGGCGGCGGCGGUGGUAGCUGCUAAAACGCUUCACAAACAAACAAUACUACACAAACGCAAAGCUGAAACUGAUUUUUCGGCCGUGACUGUUCGCACUCAUUUCCCUGCACAAAAUUACAAUUAAAUAAAGACUUUUGGAAAAAUAAAA